AUGCAAGCAUUUCUAAAAACUGGUCGCACCACAGGAGAAACCUCCUCUACAUCGGCGACUGGUAGUGAUGCGGGCUUGUCGACUGGAAAGCGUGCAAAACACAGUGUUCCAUGGGUUGAAAAAUACCGACCUAAAAGCGUUGAUGAUGUGGUAGAACAAGCGGAGGUAGUUGCCGUGCUGCGAGAAUGCCUUUCGACCACAGAUCUCCCCAAUCUGCUGCUGUACGGUCCUCCUGGAACGGGUAAAACCAGCACCAUCCUUGCUGCCGCCAGGCAGCUCUUUGGUGAUAUGUUUAAAGAACGCAUUCUUGAAUUGAAUGCUUCCGAUGACCGGGGUAUUGCCGUUAUUCGGAACAAGGUAAAGACGUUUGCGCAGCUGACUGCCAGUGGUACUCGCGCGGACGGUAAGCCGUGUCCGCCGUUCAAAAUCGUCAUUCUGGAUGAAGCCGAUGCAAUGACUCAUGCGGCUCAGGCUGCGCUACGCCGCACGAUGGAAAAGGAAACCAAAACCACCCGUUUUUGUCUUGUUUGUAAUUACGUAUCGCGUAUUAUCGAACCCAUCACGUCUCGUUGCACUAAGUUUCGGUUCAAACCGUUGGGAGAAGAGAAAGUAAUCGAACGGUUACGUUACAUCUGUGGACAGGAGAACGUAGACGUUGAUGAGGACGUGUACAAGGACAUAGUAAACAUUUCCGGAGGCGAUUUGAGACGUGCGAUUACAACAAUUCAAUCUUGUCAUCGUCUAAAAGGCACGAGUGCACGAAUUACGAGGCAAGACGUGCUGGAGAUGUCGGGUGUAGUACCUGAUGAUUAUCUGAAGAAAUUUGUAUCCGUCUGUAAAAGUUUGAAUUAUGGCAAAUUGGAAGAGUACGUGCAAAAUCUCAGCUAUGAUGCAUAUAGCGUUGGUCAACUAUUCGAGCAGCUUACAGAGUACAUUGUCUACAACGAUAAUCUAACGGAGAAGCAAAAGGCUGUUAUCUGUGAAAAGCUCGGUGAGUGUUCAUACCGGCUUCAUGGCGGUGGAUCAGAAUACAUACAGAUUAUGGAUUUGGGAUGUGCCACAAUUCAGGCGUUGACGUAA